CGCCGGGUGCCCUACAACUACCUGCAGCGGGCCUGCAUCCAGCUGAACCAGCUGGAGGAGGCAGCAGAUGCAGCUCACACCUUUUUCAUGGCAAACCCUGAGCACAUGGAAAUGCAGCAGGACAUUGAGAACUACAAAACCAUGACAGGGAAGGUCCAUCUGGUUGAUCGAGAGGCCAAGCCGCACAUGGAGAACUACAGCACAGGGGUGAGGCACUAUGAUCAAGAAGAGUACGCGCUGGCCAUAGAGUCCUUGGAGCGAGCGCUGCGGGGCUACUACACCGCGGAUGUGGAGUGCCGGGUCAUGUGCGAGGGGCCUCAGCGGUUUGAGGAGUACGAGUACUUGGAGUAUAAAGCUGACCUCUAUGAAGCAAUUGCAGAUCACUACAUGCAGAUCCUGCUGUGUCAACAUGAGUGUGUCCGAGAACUUGCCACCCGUCCUGGGCGUUUAUCACCCAUUGAGAACUACCUUCCCCUCCAUUACGACUACUUGCAGUUUGCCUAUUACAGAGUGGGCGAGUACGUGAAAGCCCUGGAGUGUGCCAAGUCCUACCUCCUGUUCCACCCGGACGAUGAAGCUGUCUUGGAGAACGCAGAUUAUUACAACAGCCUCUUGGAAGAGACUAUGGACCCAGAGACCAUCAAACCCAGAGAGGAAGCUGCCAAGUUUCUGAGGCGUCAUAAGCUGGAGUCUGACCUCUUGCAGAUGGGAGCAACUGGCCUGGGGUUCGUCUACACCGAGCCGAGCUACUGGAGCAGCUCCGGCGCCCGUCAGGACGAGCACAGAGUCCCCUCGGGUGUUAACAGUGAGCUGGCAGAUGGUCCCGCCCUGUCUCUUGGAAAGAAACCUGCACCCAAAAUGGAUCGAGAGCUGCGGGAGGGGGGUUCUCUGCUCUACAGCGAUGUGCAGUUCGUUUAUAACUCCCAGCAGCUGAAUGGCACGCAGCGAGUGCUACUGGAUAACGUCAUCUCGGAGGAGGAGUGCCAGGAGCUGCGCAGGGUGGCCAAUGGGAUCAUGCUGGCUGGAGAUGGCUAUCGCGGGAAAAGCUCACCCCACACCCCCAACGAGAAGUUUGAAGGGGCCACCGUCCUCAAAGCUCUCAAGUUCGGCUACGAGGGGCGCGUCCCGCUCAAGAGCGCCCGCCUGUUCUACGACGUCAGCGAGAAGGCCCGCAGGAUCGUGGAGUCCUACUUCCGGCUGAACUCCACCCUCUACUUCUCCUACACGCACAUGGUGUGCCGCACCGCCCUGCCUGGCCAGCAGGAGAAAAGGAACGACCUGAGCCAUCCCAUCCAUGCUGACAACUGCCUGCUGGAUCCUGAGGCCAGCGAGUGCUGGAAGGAGCCCCCGGCCUACACCUUCCGGGAUUACAGUGCCCUUCUGUACAUGAACACGGAUUUCGAAGGUGGGGAGUUUAUAUUCACUGAGAUGGAUGCCAAAACUGUCACUGCCUCUAUCAAGCCAAAGUGUGGGCGCAUGAUCAGCUUCUCAUCCGGCGGGGAGAACCCCCAUGGGGUCAAAGCAGUCACCAAAGGCCAGCGGUGUGCUGUGGCCCUCUGGUUCACUUUGGACCCACUUUACAGAGAGCUGGAGCGAAUCCAGGCAGACGAAGUGAUAGCGAUGUUAGACCAAGAGCAUCUAGGAGCCAGCGACCUGAACAUCAACCCAAAGGAUGAGCUCUAAACUAGGCCAAGGACUUUCGAUUAAAUAUUUAUUUAAUAUUGUUAAUCCGAUUAGAGCCCUUUUAUUUUUAUACAGA